AUGAUUGCAAAUAUGUCCAAGCGAGCCUUCAUAGCAGUGGCAAUAUUUGCCAUGACAGCAUGCUGUUUACCAAGCUUCAGCCAAAUCUACUACGGCGCUGCGCGUUUAUACGCCUACCAACACUUUGUGGGUAAUGGAUACAUCGCUUCAAUUGUUGAAGACUGCAACGUCAAAGAAGGCGAGAAAAAGCUCAAGUACCUCCAGUGUGCUGGUGAUGCUCUCACAUACAUGUUCGGAGCAGCCAUGGCCAUCGGAGAAUCAACUUCACGAACCGGUGCCGCAGCCGAAUAUAUCGCGAACCAAGGCCAAACGUUGUGGGUCCGCGAGAAUGACUUCCAACCUAUGUGGAAUUGGGCCUCUAUCGACGAGAGCGCGAACAACUUCUACGAGCAUCUGGGUCACCACCUCCCCAGAGAUAUGGUUCUCACUGGAGGCAACAUAACGCACUUUGGGCUCGAGGGCAAUGCAGCUGUGGUUAAGCAUCACGAAGGCCACCUCUAUAUCCACGCUAACAAUGUGACCCAUGACGUCGUUGGAAAGUAUCGUCUGCCCGAACAAAAGGACCUUACUAAGAGAACCACUUAUACCUGGAACUUCGGAGAAUUGGCCGGGCUCAAGUACUCUUAUGUAAAUGCCGUUCGAGACUCAUCACUGGGAGGUCGGACAAAGGUCGUGACCCAUCUUGCCCAUGGAUACGACGUUGAACUACAAAAUUGGUUCUACGACCUGGUUUUGGACACUGGUCUUCUGUCUGUGGACGACUGGUAUGUCAUCCCCGUCUUGCUCUACCGCUUCUGGGGCGAAGGUGCCACGAUGGACGCGUUGAAUACGAGUCUCACGAGCCUGCCAACGAAAUAUAAUAAAGAAGUACAGGCUGUGGAGAGAAACGGGCCGACAGAGUGCACCAACCCGGAGUAUCCGUUCCCUGAAGAUCAGCUCGAUAUUCCAUUAAACUCGGCGGGUCAGAUUGAGUAUCUCCAGCGUCUGGCUUCUACACUCAAGGCGAUGCCGAAUGCAACUGGUCUUAACUACUGGGAGCCCGUGUGGAUCGAUAAUGCUGGUUUGGGGUCUUCUUGCGAGAAAAAUGUCAUGUUUGACUCCAGUGGUCAGGCGUUUGACAGCUUGUGUGCUUUUGACUCUCUCUCUACUGUGGUGGAUAUUGCUAUCUGUUUAUAG